AUGGUCUCUAUCUAUCUAUCUAUCUAUCUAUCUAUCUAUCUAUCUAUCUAUCUAUCUAUCUAUCUAUCUAUCCUGCUCUGUUCAUUAUCUAUCUAUCUAUCUCUUUACUUAAUUUUUUUAUUGGCUUGCAAUAUGAAUUUCUCUCAAACUGUUUUUGCGUCUUCAUUUCUUUGUUUACGUCUUUCUUCUUUCUCUUCAUUCACUUUUCUUUAUCUCUUUCAAUAUUUCUUUUUUUCUUUUUUCUUUUUUUUGCUUUCUUUCAUUUUUGUCUAUAAUUCUCUCGAUUAUUAUCUGCUUACUUCCUUCGUCUUAAAUUUGCUCCUUUCUUUCUUUCUUUCUUUCUUUAUUUCUUUCUUCUAUUUUUUUCGGCUUAAAUUUGCCUCUUUCUUUCUUUCUUUCUUUCUUUCUUUCUUUCUUUCUUUCUUUCACGCUCAUUUUAAUCCUUCCUCGUCUCAUUCCUUCACGAUCUUUAUAUUUCCAUUCUUACUUUCUUUCUUUCUUUCUUUCUUUCUUUCUUUCUUUCUUUCUUUCUUUCUUUCUUUCUUUCUCUUUUAUUUUUUUUCUUUAUUCUUUCAUACUCAAUGUCUGCUUCCGCUUUUUACUAAGCUUAGCUUUUCUUUGUUCCAAAAUUCCUUCUUUCUUUUGGGUCCCAUUUCUCAUUAUUUUUCUUUCUUUAUUCAUAAUCUUUCUUUCUUUCUUUCUUUCUUUCUUUCUUUCUUUCUUUCUUUCUUUCUUUCUUUCUUUCACGCUCAUUUUAAUCCUUCCUCGGCUCUUUCCGUCACGAUCUUUACAUUUCCAUUCUUUUCUUUCUUUCUUUCUUUCUUUCUUUCUUUCUUUCUUUCUUUCUUUCUUUCUUUCUUUCUUUCUUUCUUUCUUUAG